AUGGAAUCUUCAGUCAUGUGGAUAGACUAUGGCUCUAUCGCCGUAGAUCAAGCACCUCAUAGCUGGAACAUAACACGUGAGAUGUGGCUAGCUAUGCCGUAUAACGACACUCUUAUUGAAGAUCACUUCUUGCCGUUAAUGUUAGUCAUCGUGCAACACACAGUCAGUGCAGAAUGUAACGAUUUCGCACAAUGCGCAGCCGAAUUGAGAACAAUGCAGGGCUCGUUCAUUGCUCAUAAGCACUAUAAUAUACCAUACAAUUUUAUGAUCGGCAACGAAGGACGAGUGUACGAAGCACGCGGUUGGAACAAGGAAGGCGCACACACAUUAGGCUACAAUAGAUGCUCUAUGGGAAUAGGAUUUAUUGGUGACUACAGAGAGGAGAAACCACAUCACUCUCGUGUAACUGAAUUACAGUUGAAUAGAACUAAAAUGUUAUUGGACGACGGAGUUCGCAGGGGUUUUUUGAGACCGGAUUUCCGUAUAAUCGGUGCUAAAGACGUACAAUUGACUGCUAGCCCUGGCUCUAACCUUUACAAUGCUAUACGCCAAAUGGAAAAUUUCGACCACCAAGGCCGAUUCAGGAACCUCACUUGUGCAGAAAUUCAAGACAAAUAUGGCAAUGUUACCUUUGAU